AUCUUUGUAAAAUGAGAAUUUCCAUCAUGUCAUGUGUUACAUGUCCUUUUCAUUGUCCCAUGAAACUUAUAAGCAUCUAUCCUCUACUUCCUUCUCUUCACCCCUCACUUAUCUCAUUUCUGCAGUUCGGUGCUCUUUUUGAGGGAAAGCCUUGCUUGCUCUGUGUUUCUCUUCAAACUCCCCUCCUACCUCAUCCUCUGCCCUUUCUGGAAUAUUCUCUCAUUCUGUGCUUUUGUCUGCAUUUUAACUAGUUCCUCUAUUCUGUAUUGUUGGUGCAGUUUUCUAUAGCGAUGUGGUGGUGGCUGCUUGGUAUUUUGAGCUGCGUACUGCUGCUAGCGAUUGUCCUUUUCUUCCUGAUCACCGGGCAACGCUACAAGGUGUUCAACGAAAAAUGCCUAAGGCCACCAGGACCCUUGGUCAUCGACAGCAAGCAGAGGGACGACAGACUGAAGAGAGGGUUUCGUGUGGACCGUGUUCCCCCUUCUCUGGAUGCAGUAGUGAUUGGCAGCGGUGUCGGGGGUCUCACAGCAGCAGCGCUUUUGUCCAAAGCCGGGAAGAGAGUUUUAGUUCUAGAGCAACAUGAUCAUGCUGGAGGCUGCACACACACCUUUGAGAAUAAGGGAUUUGAGUUUGAUGUUGGUAUCCAUUACCUGGGUCAGCUUCACGAGAACAGCAUGCUGAGGAUUGCUCUGGAUCAAAUCACAGAGGGACAGUUGCAGUUCACAAAACUGGAGCAGCACUUUGACACACUGAUCCUGGGCCAGCAAGACCAGCGCAGGGAGUACCACAUCCAUGCAGGGAAGACUGAGAUGGCAGAGAGUCUGAAGAAGCAGUUCCCAGGAGAGGAGGAGGCCAUUGACGAGUUCAUGAGAUUGAUGAAGCUUGCCUCACGACGAACGCCACUUAUUGCCACCUUGAAGAUCCUACCUUAUUGGCUGGUCAACUUCCUGAUUCGGACCGGCCUGUUAUAUCGCAUCUCUUCAGUGUUCCGCUUGGCAUCAACCAACCAUUCAGAAAUAAUGUCCCGCCUCACAAAGAAUAAGGACUUGCAGGCACUGUCUGCCUACCUCUUCUAUGGUGUCCCUCCUAAAGAGUCCAGCUUUCUGAUCAAUGCUCUCCUUCUGCACCACUACAAGCGUGGUGCAUAUUACCCACGGGGGGGCGCCAGCGAGUUUGCCUUUCACAUCAUCCCUGUUAUUCAGCAGGCAGGUGGUGCUGUGCUGGUCAGGGCUCCUGUGCAGAAAAUCCUGCUCAACAAGCAAGGGAAGACCUACGGUGUGACGGUGCUUAAAGGACAAGAAGAGAUUGAGGUCCAUGCUCCUGUUGUCAUUUCCAAUGCUGGAAUCUUCAACACCUUCCAGAAGUUUCUGCCCAAGCCUAUACAAGACACACCAGAGAUCCAGUCACUGUUGGGUAUGGUGCGUCAUGGCAUGGGCUCCUUCUUGGUCUUUGUUGGUCUGGAUGGAACCAAAGAGGAGCUUGGCAUUGUUUCAACCAACUUCUGGAUGUAUAAAGACAAUGACUUGGACUCACUUAUGGAGCAUUACUCUUCUCUGAGCAGAGAGCAGGUAUUGGGGAAUAUUCCCAUGAUGUUCAUCACCUUCCCAUCUGCUAAAGAUCCUACAUCCAACAUCAGACACCCAGGUAAGUCCUGUAUGACGUUGCUCACCAUGGCUCGCUAUGAGUGGUUCGAGGAAUGGGAGGGGACAAAGCUUGGCAAGAGGGGACAGGACUACCUGGAUAUGAAAAACAGCAUGGCCCAAGAGCUACUGGAAUGGGCACUAACAAUUUUCCCUCAGCUGCGAGACAAGGUGGUGAUGGUUGAUGCUGCCACUCCCCUAACUAACGGUCACUAUUUGGGUGCUCCGAGAGGUGAGAUGUACGGUGCUGAACACAACCUGGAGCGCUUCUUCCCAGACACCGUGGCUAGGACAAGACCACAGACACCGAUCAAUGGACUCUACCUGACAGGUCAGGAUGUGUUCUGUAACGGCAUGGCUGGGGCGCUGCACGGUGGACUCCUCUGCGCUUCAGCGGUCCUCAAUCAGAUUCUCUACAUUGACCUUCUGGCCCUGAAGACCCGCAUGAAAAGCAAAAAGACCAAUCAUAGGAUUUACUGGUAGGCACGUGGCUGUUGUGGAGCAACAAAUUCAAGAAUUAACGAAAAAAAAGACAAACAAGAAAAAGAUUUGAUAGAUUGAUUAGUUUUGCCAAGAGUCAUGCGAUAAAGAAAUAUGAAUACAUUCUGAAAGAGUAGAGAAACUCAUAUGACCUAGUAUUGUACUAUGAAUAAAGGAAACCCAACUAAUAGGAAGAUUGGACGUGAACGUCCUGUAAAAUGAUUGAUACGUGUUUUAAUGAUACAAUGACUAUAGAGUUUACAAUAAUCCAAGUGAGACAUUCGGCAGACAGGAAACAGGAAGACAGGUAACUUGUAGCAGGCAGGUAACAGGAAAACAUAUUGCAACUGAUGACAAACUGAGGGAGAAACAAAGGAUUCUUUGUUCCUGACAUAGGAACAAAGGAUUUGUGUUACUGUAGUAAUAUGGUGCACCUAUGUUUACCAUCCAGAGUAGUACUUCCCAUGUUGUUUCAGUAUGUGUAUAAGUUUUUGUUAAAAUAGGAUCAUUUUAGGUGUGUAGAUGGGUAUGGCAGUCAGGUGUUAGGAAAAGAAGGGAAAAUUCAAGGAUAUUUGGUAGAUGGCUGGACAAUAGGAAUGGUUUGGACAACUGGAAAUGUGGCUGCAGAGGAGAGACAGAGACAACAGCCAGUUCUCAUUCCCAGGUCAUCAAAUACCAACACUCAAACAAAUCAGUUAAGGUGAUAGCUCUAUUAGGCAAUUUAAUUGGACUUUUGUCCUUGUCCCAGGGGGAGAAUCAGAAGUGUGUCCGACUUGACCACAGUAGGUGGUGAUUUGCCGCCUUUCAGCUAGUUGCUAUUGGACCAUCCUCUGGUCGUAUUAGGACACAUACCAAACAAGUUAGCAACUUUCUGGUGCUGUCCCUUUCGUAAGUACUCUGCCCUUUACUUUUUUUCCUUUGUGUCUUUCUUUUUUUCCAUCUUAUACAAUUUUAUGCUUUUGAACUUGCGGGUCAAAGCCCAGUGCAGGGACUGUGGGGCAUGCCAAGUAUGCCUAGAACAGCUCAAGUCUGGUUUAGGCGUAUACAUGAAAGAGUAAACUAACCCCAAACCACAUUAUCUAGGUGUGUCAUUGCUACUUUAAGAAAUGCUACUUAGGACGAUUUCAGUUGGACUAAAAUGUUUAAAUGUAUUUUAAAAGUCCACUUUUAGUUGGACUAACACAAUAAUUCAGCUUUUUCUAAAAACAUGUUAACGUACUUGCUGAAAGCAUCCAUUGGUGUCUCUAUCACUCAUUUUCCACCAACAUGAAACAAGCUCCUGCACCUGAUUUUCAACCAUUUAGGGCCCUUUCUACCAUAUAAAUAAAAUGGUUCAGAACCCAAAUAGUUGAUUUUCAGCUAGAACAAUAAAUAAAUAAAUAAAUAAACAAAUAGAAGGUUUUGCUUGAACUGAAGUGAAAACUGUGAUGACAUCAAUGGGUGUGUCAUAAUUUACAGGUUGGAAGGAGAGGAUUUAGGGGGUAACAAAAGAGACAUUAACAGAGAAAUUAUCAACAAAAGAUUGCGCUUUGGUCUUUUUUAUAGUAGGUCCACGUUUUUUGGAAUAAAACAAAAGUUUGCAGUAAUCGGUGUGAUCUGUCAUCUUGCUUGCAUUGUACUUUGAGUAAAGCCCUCAGUUGAUGAUGCAUCCUUGAUUGGUUCUGAUCAAAACUGGUGGAAACACAGGCCAAUUAAUAAUGAAUAAUGUUGCUGAAGACACCCUGUGGUAUCUGUCCCUUCUGGCCUGUGAAACCAUUACCAAACUUAAAUCCGUACAUACUUGUGUCACUCACUAGACUUAUUUUUAGUUUUUUCCAAGAGACAGCCGUGCAUCACAGAGAGUCGCAAAAGGUAGUGAGGUCUAAACAAAGCUUCAUUAACUAUUAGCUGUAUUUGUUGACCCCACUACAUGGUGGUCUUGCUUUUCAGAGAAAGGCUCAGGCAAUGGCAUUUCAGCUUUCAAGCCUUUGUUUACAGAAAGUGCCAUCUGUUGGACUCAGAAAAAAGAAGGAAAAUUGCUUUGUAAAGCUUCAUUUGGCCAUCACUUGCUAAAUGGUGCGUCUCAUAAAUAUGCCAAAGGGUGCCGUUCGCAUCAGACAGAUGGGCGAGAGAAAGCUUUGUUAUUUGACAACCUGAAAGCAUUGGUAUUUGACAACCUGGGGUGAAAAUGUGUUGCAGUCAACACGUCAGAGGGAAGACAUAACUGUAAUUAUGCACAAUAACUUCCUUAGACAGAAUAGGUAAUUAUAGUGAUCCACUAAACUUUCACUUUCACUUAAGAAUUGUUUGUUGGUUAUCAGUCACAUGCUUGGUUAAAUGUCCAUAGAUGUGAAAUGAAAAUGGAGCUGCGUUGACACAAAAUUGAAUUCUGAGAUUGGACCUUUGCAGUAUUAAAUAAUUAAUUAAUUCUGUCAUUAAUGGAUAAUAAUAAAGAUUUAUUAAGGAAUACUAUUGCUCAUUUAUUAAGAACAAACCACUCACCCAAAUGCAUGAAAACUAUUCAUUCCAAUUCAUACUGACUUUACAG